AUGGCUGCCAGUCUCCGCAUCGCUCUCCUAAACUGUGAUACACCGGUUCCAAACGUGCUGGCAAAGAGAGGUCUUUAUAGUGAUCUGUUUGCGGAGCUCCUGAGAAAUACAGCUAGCAAGACACCGGAACUUUCUGGGUUGGAGCUUGACUUUAAGGCGUAUGAUUCUGUGAAAGGGGAGGAACCUUCUGGGGAGGAAUUGGCCCAGCUUGAUGCUAUCGUUAUCUCUGGAGCAGGUAAGCACUUGCUUCUCCCCUGUGAGGCAUUGAGGUUGGAAUUCCAAUACUAACGGUAACAAUGUAGCUGCUGCUGCAUACGAUAAAGCCCCUUGGAUUGAUAGCCUCAUCGCAUUUUGCAGAAGUAAACAGACCCCAUUCCAGUACACCAUAGCAGAACUGACCAUCGAGCAGGAGUCUACAUAUUACAUCCCUCCAUAAAGCUCUUCGGGGCCUGCUUUGGCCACCAGAUCCUCUGCCACGCACUAUUCUCCGGGCCAGGACAAAACAUCGUCUCGGCAGAGGAAUGGGAGCUAGGCGCCUGUCCAGUCGAUCUCUCACCCACCUUUCUCUCCCAUUUCGGACCUGUCACAUCUAACAAGAAGAACCCCAAACAAAUGCGCCAGCAAUUCGUGCAUCUGGAUCACGUCGCGCUGUCUGCUCUGCCGCGGGGCUUCCAUUCGAUAGGGCGAACUGAGCGAUGCGCGGUCGAGGGAGUGUGGAAGAAAGGCCGCUUGUUGACGUUUCAGGGACAUGCGGAGUUUGAUAGGAUGGUGAAUCGGGAGACUGUGAAGGUUUUUGGGUAUAAGAAGUGGGGGAAUGAGUUCUUGAGGGAAGCGCUGGAUGCGGUGGAACGGGAUGAUGAUUCGGUUUGGGCUGCGUCGGUUAUGCUGAGGUUCUUUUUGGAAGAGGCUGAUGUGGAGAGAUCGGAGAGGUUUGGUGGAAAUGUGGUAUCGUCUUCGUCGGGAGAGGAGCUUCGUGUUAGAGCGAGGCUGUAG